GGUCCCCGCGGCAGGACGCGCCGCCUGCAAGAUGUCCGUGCGCCGCGGCGAGCGGCCGGCGCGGCCCGGGACCCGCCUCUCCUGGCUGCUGUGCUGCAGCGCCCUGCUGUCCCCGGCCGCGGGCUACGUGAUCGUGAGCUCGGUGUCCUGGGCCGUCACCAACGAGGUGGACGAGGAGCUGGACGGCGCCUCCGCCGAGGACGCACUGCCCGCGCUGCUGGAGGACUCGGGCAGCAUCUGGCAGCAGAGCUUCCCGGCCUCGGCGCACAAGGAGGACGCGCACCUGCCGCCCCCGGCGGGCGCCGCCCGCGCCAGGCCGCCCCCCGCGCCGCCCGGGAUGUUCUCCUACCCGCGCGAGAGCGGCCCGCGGCUGCGCCCGGGCACCGCCCGCUUCCUGGCCCACGCCAGCGCCUGGGGCUGUCUGGCCACCGUGUCCGCCCACGAGAAGAUCCCAGGACUGCCAUUUGGGAACUGCCUGCCCAUCAGCGACGGCCCCUUGAGCAACAGCACUGGGACUCCUUUCUUCUAUGUGACACCCAAGGACCCCGUGGUGGCUGAUCUGAUGAAGAACCCCAUGGCCUCGCUCCUGCUGCCAGAAUCAGAAGGAGAGUUCUGCAGAAAAAAUAUUGUGGACCCGGAAGAUCCCCGAUGUGCCCGCUUAACGCUCACUGGCCAGAUGAUUGCUGUGUCUCCAGAAGAAAUGGAAUUUGCCAAGCAAGCCAUGUUUUCAAGACACCCAGUUAUGAGGAAGUGGCCUCGGCAGUAUGAAUGGUUCUUUAUGAAGAUGAAGAUAGAACAUAUCUGGCUUCAGAAAUGGUAUGGAGGAGUAUCUGACAUUUCAAGGGAGGAGUAUUUCAAAGCAGUUCCAAGAAAGGCCUGACGGAGUAAGAAGAAAGUCCUCGGUGUUGCGUAAAAUGAAAACCUUUUAAGUGAUGCUGCCAGACAGCCAUUGACUGCUGUCUCUUUGUCGAAGGGUUCAGAGCAGCCCUGUCACCCUUACAGCAGAACGAGAGGGGGCGACCAGGGAGCCCUGCGCUAGACCGAAGAUUCAAGUGGUCGUUUGCAAAUCCCCAGUUCACACAGGUACUUCACAUACCUAGUCUCUGUUUACAUUGUGUUCAAUCCAGACUCACCCAUUUGGGAAUCAUUGUUGGUUGUCAAAGUGACAUGUUGAGAUGGUUGCUGUUCCAUUCUCUAAGACCAAAAAAAAAAAAAAUUAUGCCCGUAUGUACAAUGUGAUUGCUUUGUAUUGUGAGAGUAUUUUUAUUGCUUGCUGUGCCAAAGGCAAUGUCUUGGUUCUAAGCUCACUGCAACCAUGAAGGAACUAAAUAUGCAUCACACAGCCACAAUCUGGUGUUUAGGGUGAGGGUGCAGGACUGUUUGUCUCUG